GUGCUUCAACGUCGCAUCGAGCACCGGUUUCUGGAUAUGUAUGCCGAACCCAAGUGCCUUGGAGCUCCAAUGGGUCGGAUCGAGUUUCACUGUUUAUCCACCCUCCCUAUUGAGCGUGAUCAAAUAAAUGGUGGCUGUAAAGACCCACAGGUGUCCUUCACUGUUGAAGAGGAGGAGGAGGAAGAGGGCGACUUCAUCCUUCCAGACGCCUUCAGCGACCCUGAUGAUUCUGACCACGCCGAAGACAGCGAGGGUGAACAGACGGGUGAGGAGGAGGUCGGAGCGAACCGCCAAAAGAAGAUCAUAAAGAGCGUAUCUGUGGGGCAAAUCAAACAAAAGGUUGUUCGUCUGCUGAAGCGCCUCAAGCUAUUUGACCCGAAUGAGGUGAGUUCUGCGUUGACUCAGUCCUACCUACUAGCAACUUGUGCGCGACUUCAACCACAUCACUCCCGCAACUUAGUUGCCAAACCGCUCACCUUGCUGUAUCCAGCGCCCCAUAUUUACGACUACGACGUCUUACGCCCCACCUACCCACCACUUCCCGCUGACAAUCAGUCUUUUUACCACCAUCUAACCCUUCCUUAUGUAUCCGUUCGGAAGUCUGCAUCCACAGUGUGGUUAGAUCAAAAGAGAGACUUUAUCUCAGAAAAAAGCACCGGUAACUACAGGACUGUUUCCGAUGUACAGUAUAGGCUUGCCAUCAUAAGGAUAAAAAAUGAAAAACGCACAAACGAGCAGCUUCGACAAUCCAUCCUGAUCGUAGGACGACACUGGGCAUUUCCGUUUGCUCUUAAAGACGAGAAUCUACAGCAAACAGCAAUUUAG